AUGCCUCCGAAAAAAGCCCCCUUAACCACCAGCAACAAUGCCAACAUUUUGCCACACGACACCGCCGGCGCCGGAGCAGGUGCCGCCGGAAAAACCAUUGAGCAAACCUACCAGAAAAAGACCCAGCUCGAACACAUCCUCCUGCGACCUGACACCUACAUUGGAUCCAUUGAGAAACACAGCCAGACUCUUUGGGUCUAUGAAGAUAAUCAGAUGGUCCAGAAAGCCAUCUCCUAUGUCCCUGGACUUUACAAGAUCUUUGAUGAAAUUCUUGUCAACGCUGCUGACAACAAACAGCGAGAUCCGAAAAUGAACUCCCUGAAGGUCACUAUCGAUGCCGAGGCCAACUGCAUUAGCGUUUACAACAAUGGCGAUGGUGUGCCGGUGGAGAUCCACCAGGAGGAAGGGGUUUAUGUUCCGGAGUUGAUUUUUGGGCACUUGUUGACUAGCAGUAACUAUGAUGACCAGGAGAAGAAGACUACUGGUGGAAGAAAUGGAUACGGAGCAAAACUUACUAAUAUUUUCUCCACGGAGUUCAUAAUCGAGACUGCUGAUGGAAGAAGGCAGAAGAAGUACAAGCAGGUUUUCUCUUGUAACAUGGGGAAUAAGUCUCAGCCUGUUAUAUCAAAAUGCAAAGAGGGUGAGAAUUGGACGAAGGUCACAUUUAAGCCAGACUUAGCCAAGUUCAACAUGACUCAUCUGGAGGAUGAUGUGCUUGCCCUGAUGAAGAAGCGGGUGGUUGACAUGGCAGGAUGCCUUGGAAAGACCGUGAAGGUGGAACUGAAUGGGGAAGACAUUCGGGUCAAAUCUUUUGGCGAAUAUUGCAACCUUUACUUGAAAUCUGCUUUCAGAAUGGAAGAGAAGGUAGAUAGGUGGGAAGUUUGUGUAAGUCUGAGCGAAGGACAAUUUCAACAGGUCAGCUUUGUGAAUUCAAUUUCAACAAUCAAGGGUGGGACACAUGUGGAUUAUGUAACUAAUCAGAUAGCAAAUCAUCUUGCUGAGUAUGUAAACAAGAAGAAAAAGAAUGCCAACCUUAAAUCCCAUUCGGUGAAGAACCAUCUCUGGGUGUUUGUUAAUUGCCUCAUUGACAACCCUGCUUUUGAUUCUCAAACCAAAGAAACUUUGACGCUUCGCCAGAAAAGUUUUGGUUCCGAAUGUAGACUCUCAGACAAGUUCCUCAGUAAAGUGGCAAAUUCUGAGAUAGUGAACAGUAUCAUGGAAUGGGCAGACUUCAAGGAGAAAAAAGAUCUUAAGAAAACAGACGGAACAAAAAGCAAGAGAAUAGCUGGCCUUACAAAACUAGCUGAUGCUAAUGCUGCUGGAGGCAAAAACUCUGAGAAAUGUACCCUGAUUUUGACAGAAGGAGAUUCGGCAGCCACUCUUGCAAUUGCUGGAUUAUCGGUUGUGGGGCGGGACAACUAUGGAGUGUUCCCCCUUAGGGGUAAAUUGUUGAAUGUUAGAGACGCAAGUACUAAGCAGAUCAAUGACAACGCUGAAAUUCAGAACAUCAAGAAGAUUCUUGGAUUGCAGCAUGGUAAACAGUACGAUAACAUCAAAUCACUGAGAUAUGGACACUUGAUGAUAAUGACUGAUCAGGAUCAUGAUGGUUCCCAUAUCAAGGGGCUAUUGAUUAAUUUCAUCCACUCAUUCUGGCCAUCAUUGCUCAAAAUUCCUUCUUUUUUGGUUGAAUUUAUUACUCCGAUUGUAAAGGCUACUCAUAAAAAUGGGGAGAAAAGGUCAUUUUAUACAAUGCCUGAGUACGAAUCAUGGAAGGAAAGUUUGGGAGACAGAGCGAAAAAUUGGUCUAUAAAAUACUAUAAGGGGUUAGGAACAAGUACAGAUAAGGAAGGGAAGGAGUACUUUAAGGAUCUUGGGAAGCACAAGAAGGACUUUGUCUGGGGGGAUGACCAUGAUGGGGAGGCUAUAGAACUUGCUUUUAGUAAGAAGAAGAUAGAAGCAAGGAAGAAUUGGCUCAGACAAUUUGAGCCUGGCACUUACCUUGAUCAGGAAGAAAAACUCAUCAAGUAUCGUGACUUUGUCAACAAGGAACUUAUACUGUUUUCAAUAGCUGAUCUUCAGAGAUCAAUUCCAUCCAUGGUUGACGGAUUGAAACCUGGUCAAAGAAAGAUUAUUUUCUGUGCUUUUAAGAGAAACUUUGUCCAUGAAGCAAAAGUUGGCCAAUUUGCUGGUUAUGUAUCUGAGCACUCCGCUUACCAUCAUGGUGAGCAGAGUCUUGCCAGUACCAUUAUUGGCAUGGCUCAAAACUAUGUGGGCAGCAACAACAUAAAUAUUCUAAGACCAAAUGGUCAAUUCGGUACAAGAAAUCAGGGAGGCAAAGAUCAUGCAAGUGCAAGAUAUAUAUUCACUCAGCUUUCGGCCAUUACACGAUUUCUAUUUCCGAAGGAUGAUGACAUUAUACUGGAUUAUCAAAAUGAAGAUGGGCAAACUAUUGAGCCUACUUGGUAUGUGCCAAUCAUACCAAUGGUUCUGGUAAAUGGAAGUGAAGGAAUAGGGACGGGAUGGAGUUCGUUUGUUCCUAAUUAUAAUCCACGUGACAUUAUUGCCAACGUGAGGCAUAUGUUGAACGAUGAACCAAUGGAGCCUAUGGAUCCAUGGUACAAAGGAUUCAGAGGAACUAUAGAGAAAACAGCAACAAAGGAAGCUGGGGCGACCUACACUGCUACUGGAAUUAUAGAGGAAGUCAGUGAUACAAUGCUAAGGAUUACAGAGCUUCCAGUUCGGAAGUGGACUCAGGAUUACAAGGACUUUCUAGAGUCCCUUUAUCCGUUCAUUGAGGAAGUGAGGGAGUACCAUACUACUGAUUCUGUGAAUUUUGAGAUUGAUUUGUCUGAGGAGAAUAUGAUGAUAGCCAAGCAAGAGGGUUUGCUGAAGAAGUUUAAGCUAACCACUACUAUAAGUACAAGUAACAUGCACCUAUUCGACUCAAAAGGCGUAAUCAAGAAAUAUGACACUCCAGAAAAAAUUCUUGAGGACUUUUUCUCUAUAAGAUUUGAGUUUUACGAGAAAAGAAAGGCAAUUCUGAUGGACAACCUUGAAAGGGAGCUGUUGAUACUUGAAAACAAGGUUAGAUUUAUUUUGAAUGUUGUGGAAGGAAAGAUCACAGUGAGCAACAGGAGAAGAGCUGAUCUGGUCAUUGAGUUGAAGGAUAAGGGUUUCACUCCUUUUCCCAAAAAGACAAAGACCGUGGAAAUUUCUGUUGCUGGGUCGAGUGAUGUUCCUGAAGAGACUGAAGAGAAUUCCGACAUGGUCACUAGCCAAGGAGUUCGGGCUAGUGAUUAUGACUACUUGCUUUCUAUGUCAAUUGGGUCCUUAACCAUCGAGAAGGUGCAGGAGUUGUGUAAUAAUAGGGAUAAGCUGAACCAAGAAGUUGAAGAAAUGAGACAGGCAACUAUCAAGUCUUUAUGGAUUAAAGAUCUCAAUGCUCUAGAAAGCGAACUUGAUGAACAAGACAAAAGAGAGGCCCUUACAGAAGAAGAUGAAUUAGAGAUUAAACCCAAGGGGGGGAGGAAGGCACCUAAACCAGCAAUGAAGAAUCCAAGAAAGAACAAUAAGAAGGUCAGCAAAACAGAAUCUGUUGUGGAGCCAAUGGAAAUAUCAACUAACUCCGAGAUUGAAACAGAUAAUUCCAGGGCUGCAGUUCAAAAGAAAGCCCCAAGAAAGGGUAAAUCAGUUGCUGCAUUGAAGGAUGAAGAGGAUGAUGACGAGAUUCUUGCGCUGAAUGAACGGAUUGCAGCCUACAACCUUGAUUCUUCCCCUGAUCAUGCAGAAGUUGCAGAAGCAGAAGUUUCUGAGGUGCAGAUCAAGAAAAAAGGACCAACAAAAAGGGCUGCUGCUACAAAGAAAAAGCCUUUGUCAACUGUUACCGAGAUUUCUGAUGAUGAGGAUGACCAAGACUUUGACCUCGAUAUGCCUGCAGAUGAGAAAAAGAAAGCAGGGAAAAAACCUGCAGCUGCUAAAACAACAAAAUCCCAUGCAGGGAUGAAGAAGAGAGGACCAGCCGCUAAGCAAUCUCAGCUUGUGGAUGAUGCAGCAGCUAUAGAUUUAGACAGUGAUGCUGCCGAUUCAAUCAGUGAUGUUGCUGAUGAUGACUCUGACUUUGAUGAACAUUAG